UACGAUGAUACCGCUGAUGAUUCUUCUUCUGAUUUGCAAUAUUUUACCUUUGAGCAUAAUAAUCAUAGAGAGACAAGAAUUAAUUACACAAUAGAUUAUGAAGAUUUAUUUAUGACCGAAGAACAAGAUUAUAUCACAGAUUAUGUUACAGAUUCUGAAGAUUUAGUUAUGACAGAUUAUGCCAUGGAUUCUAAAUAUUAA